AUGAAGAUGGCGAAUGAAGUUUCCUCCUUUGCCAAGGACUUCCUGGCCGGCGGCCUCGCCGCUGCCAUCACCGAGACAGCCGUAGCCCCCAUUGAGAGAGUGAAACUUCUCCUCCAGAUACAACAUGCCAGCAAACAGAUCACAGCCGACAAGCAGUACAAAGGCAUCGUGGACUGCAUUGUCCGCAUCCCCAAAGAGCAGGGCUUCCUUUCCUUCUGGAGAGGCAACUUGGCCAAUGUCAUCAGAUACUUUCCCACGCAAGCCCUCAACUUUGCUUUCAAGGACAAGUACAAGAAGAUUUUCCUGGACGGCGUAGACAAGCGCACGCAGUUCUGGAGAUACUUUGCAGGUAACCUGGCGUCCGGCGGCGCAGCAGGGGCUACGUCGCUCUGUUUUGUCUACCCACUCGACUUUGCCAGGACGCGUCUUGCCGCUGACGUGGGCAAAGCAGGGCAGGAACGUGAGUUCAAGGGCCUGGGUGACUGCUUGAUGAAGAUCUUCAAGUCUGAUGGCCUCAAAGGUCUGUACCAGGGCUUCAACGUCUCAGUGCAGGGCAUUAUCAUCUACAGAGCAGCCUACUUUGGCGUCUACGACACAGCAAAGGGCAUGCUCCCAGAUCCUGAGAACACACACGUUGUUGUGAGCUUCAUGAUCGCUCAGACCACAGCCAUCGCUGCUUUUGUGUCCUACCCCUUCGAUACCGUCAGACGUCGUAUGAUGAUGCAGUCUGGACGCAAAGGAGCUGAUAUUAUGUACACCGGCACCCUGGACUGCUGGAGGAAGAUCGCACGUGAUGAAGGCAGCAAGGCCUUCUUCAAAGGAGCCUGGUCCAAUGUGAUCAGAGGCUUUUGCAGUGCCAUCGUGCUCGUCUUGUAUGAUGAGAUUAAGAAAGUCAUCUGAGUUGAUUUCGGUCUC